AUGGAAUUGGCAUCUACGAGCGUUGUAGUGGACAUUGGGGCGGCAAGUACUCGCGUGGGAUAUGCGGGUGAGGGGAAUCCCUAUCAGCUGCUGAAUUCGUGCAUUGGAGUUCGACAGCCCUGCAACCCCGUCGGGAAUUCAAACACCACCGGCGGUAACCGAAAUGGCGGAAUUCGCGAAAUUAUCUUCCCGCUCAACUUCUCCGAACGACGUGACGGAGUGGAAGUGGUGUCUGCACUCUUCCCGACCUGGUACGGGUCUAGUGGGAAACGGAAAGGCGACUCAAGCCCUUCAUAUACGCUAAACGAAGAGGCUUUUGAGACCCUUGUAGCGCUCAGUUGCACAGGAGCACGCUCCCAUCGUCUUAGAUUCAGAGAAGGGGGCAUUCCGGCGGAUGGUUCAAGUGCCAAUGGCAUAGGUACUACGCUCCACAGCAACUUGCGCCUGACGGAGUUGUGCGGUAUCGGGGCAGACCUGCGGGAGCAGCCAUUGCUCAUUUCCGAACCAAAUAUACACUGCCGAAGCAUAAGGGAGAAGAUGGCUGAAAUACUUUUUGAAGGGCUGCAAGUAGGAUCUCUGUACACCGCGAAACGGGCACUUUUGUCAUGUGUUGCUCUUGGAAGGAGUAGCGCAAUGGUCAUCGACGUGGGGGCAUCUGGUCUUUCCAUUGCUCCAGUUUCAGAUUCAUUUGUCUUAGACCAGCAUGUUGCAGAGUGGCCGGUUGGCGGUGACGCAAUGAGCCAGUUACUUGGCACAGUCCUGAUGGGGCACAACUACCCUGUACACCCCAGCUUUGCCCGCUUCUCCGCUCACGGUCGGAUGUCCAAAAUUGCACUAGACAGGCCUGGGGAUUGGGACAACAUUCAUGCUUCGUACAUGCACUGGAGCCGCAUGCAAACACUGUCCUUUAUAAAGGAAGGGUUGUGCCGCGUGGCGGACGACCCACGCGAUGUGACCUUUGCGCGGAAGCCCAUUGUACUACCAAGCCAGCAGCAACAGGCCAAAAGACGUGGGGGUGCUGCAGCUGCGUCCCCAGAUUGUCCCGUCACAUCCCAGCUCCUGUUCCCAUGUUUGUCAGGACCCUCCGCUGCUGCGUUGCUCUCAAGCGCCAGUGGGAGCGAAGGGGGAGUCAUGGAGCUGCCGGACGGCACACGCCUUGAGGCUGAUCAAGUAUCCAUGAAGGCAGGUGGUGGUGGUGGCUUUCCAGGCCUGCCGGAGGCAGUGCGACAGGUGGCUGAGGCGGUUGAGACCGAUGGUAAUCGCGACAUUCUUAGCGUACUGAUUCUCACAGGAGGCUGCUCCUGCAUACCGGGAAUGGUUGAGAGGGUUAACCGCGAGUUGGUAGACGAUCCCGCAGUUUGUGGAGGCCAGAAGGUUCGGCUGCUUGCUGUGCCUGGGUCGCAGGAGCGCCGCUUCUCAGCGUGGGUUGGAGGCUCGAUGCUGGCAAGUCUGAGUUCCUUCCAGGCUGCUUGGUGCAGCCGUGAGGAGUAUGAAGAACACGGGCCAGCGGUAGUUCAGCGAAAAUGCUACUAG